AUACUUCACACAAAAAGAAACAACCAUUCACUCCAUCUUCAUCCCUUGUCAUUUCUCCUCCACUUCCUCUCUCUCUCUAAAACUCAAUCUCAAAUUCCUCCUUACAACUACUCCUACUACUAUUACCUUCUUUUGAUCAACACAACAAACUCCAAAAUCCCAAAUUUUAUCUUCUCUCCUUCAACCUUAAAAUCUUAGCUUCUUGAUAAUCACUUUUUCCUUAACCUAUUUACAAACACUACGAGAAACACCACCACCAACAACAUAAAGAGCUAGCUAGGGCAAACAAAGAGAAGAGUUAUAUAUAGAUGGAGCUAUUCCCAGCACAACCAGACUUAUCUUUACAAAUCAGUCCACCAAAUAGCAAAGCAUCAUCAACAGCUUGGAAGUCUAGUAUGGUCACUAAUAAUACUAAUAGUACUACUAAUCAAGAUGAGAUGGAUUUACUCUUCUGGAAAAGAGCUUUGGAGUCAAGAAACUCAAAAUCUGAUAAUAACAGCAAUAAUUCUUCUUCUCUUUUUGAACUUUCCUUAUCCAAUAUUCCAAAUAAACCUUCUCCUCCUCAUCAACUUAUUAACACUACUUCCCAUUUCCAUCCCACCAUCCAAAACACUCACACCAAUUUCAUCCACCAAUCUUUACAACAAAAUCAAGAACUUAGUUUCUUAAGACCCAUAAGAGGAAUUCCAGUGUACCAUCAAAACCCUCCUCCUCUUCCUUCUCCUUCUAUUCCCGUUUCUCAUCAUAACUACCCAAUAUUUGCUCACCAAACUUUUGACAAUACUAGUACUACUGCAGCUACAUUACCUAUACAUUCUUCUGGUUGUUGUAUUAGUAGUUUUAAUAACAAUAUUAGUAACAAAACUAUCUCUAAUUCCUCACCAAUUAUUCCUUUUCAUCAAUCCCAUCAUCAAGCUGGCCUAAUGCGAUCGAGAUUUUUGUCAAGGUUUCCAGCCAAACGUACCAUGAGAGCUCCACGGAUGCGCUGGACUAGUAGUCUUCAUGCCAGAUUUGUUCAUGCUGUCGAGCUCUUGGGUGGCCAUGAAAGAGCAACGCCCAAGUCGGUUCUUGAGCUAAUGGAUGUGAAAGAUCUCACUUUGGCACAUGUUAAAUCCCAUUUACAGAUGUAUCGCACGGUCAAGACUACCGACAGAGCAGCAGUUCCCGCUUCUUCAGGCCAAUCGGAGGUAUUCGAUAAUGGGUCUUCUGGGGAUAAUUCAGAGGAUUUAAUGCCUGACAUGGAAAAUUCAAGAAAGUCUGCUGAUUUAUUAUCUGACCAACAUGCUGGCAGAAAUAAUAUGCAUCUUCAAGAGAAAGAUUAUCAUGGUCUUUGGAGCAACUCUUCAAGCAGGGAAAGUUGGCAGCUGCAUGGCAAACAUGGUGACUACCCUGGGAACAUGGCAUCUCUUGAGAGAACAGAGAAAAAUCAGCAUAAAGACAUGGAAGCAAAUGCAAAAUGCUUAAGCUAUGACAGAAUAUCAGGAGAAGUGAGCUCAUCAAGCAUAACAGAGACAAGUCCAAAGAAGCCUAAUCUUGAAUUUACUUUGGGAAGGCCUUCAGAGUAAAAAAAAUAAAUAAGAAAAGAAAUAUUUUGCAUGGAGCAGACAAGUUAGUAGUACUCAUUUUGAAAUCAUUAUAAUUUCUGACAAGGCCAAGCUAAAGAAAAAAAGUAGUAGUCUACAAGGGAAGAGAAUCAGGUACCCACAAAAAGAGAGAGAAAAGAAAAAGAGAGCUAAAGAAAGACAAGGAGACAAAAAAGACAGGAACAAGGCAAAAGGAGAAGGGCAAAAUCUGUGACUCCUCUACAUCAAACAAUAUCUUAUUUUAUUCCUUUCUAGUCUAGAGAGAAAGAGAGAAGAAUAUGAAAUCUAAUUGAUUUUGUGUAUUAUUAGAGUAGUCAUUGGAGGGAGAAAGAGGAAAGAACCCUUUUUUUCCACCCUCUUUUUGUAACUUUUAGUAUCUAGGAAGUGAUCUUUUUCAUCCUUGGUAAUUGUAUGACUCACUUUAUUUAUGUUAAAGAAAAGAAAUGGAGUAGUAGUAUAUAUUUACUGGAAAAA